GUUUCGUUUUGAGCUUCGGCGGCGGCGGUUGUCUUUGCGGUUGUUGAUUUUUUGGAAACAUUUUGAAAAGCUAAUCGAUUGAAGCCAUGUUGAGCGUCAAUCUGGGACUGCUCCUGCUGUGGGCGAUUUCUGCCCUGGGAAAUGAUAAUCUCCGUGUGGCCUACGAGUGGCGGGAAAUGGACUUCAAGUACGACACCGAGGAUCUGCGAUGGUCGGCCAUCGAAAGGGGAGACUUCAAGCCCGCCAAUGUGAUACCUUUUGGCAUCGAAGUUACUGGACACCGACUCUUUAUUACCACGCCUAGAUGGCGCACCGGAGUGCCGGCCACGCUGUCCUACCUUGAUCUUAAUGAUACCACCACCGACAAGCCCGCUUUGAAGCCCUUCCCCAGCUGGCAGGCUCAUAGUUUGCAGGAAACGGAACCUGAACUGGUUUCCCCUUUUCGGGUGCGUGCAGAUCGUUGUGGACGUCUCUGGGUUCUGGACUCUAGGAUCUCGGGAGUACUAGAGCAGACCAAGGUCUAUGGAGCACCGCAAUUGCUGGUCUACGACCUCCACAACGAUGAUCUGCUGAGGCGACACAUCUUGCCAGUUGGCCAGUACAAGAUGGGAUCGCUUUUUGCCAACUUGGCGGUGGAGGAUGCGGACUGUGAGAAUACCUAUGCCUAUGCAGCGGAUCUGGGAACCCCUGGCCUGGUGGUCUACUCGUGGAAGGAUCAGGAGUCGUGGCGCGUACAGCAUCACUUUUUCCAUCCCGAUCCUAUGGCUGGAAACUUCAGCAUCAAUGACAUUGAGUUCCAGUGGGAUGACGGUCUUUAUGGACUGGCCUUGUCUAAGCCCCUCGAAACUGGCUACUCCACUCUGUUCUUCCAUCCUCUGUGCUCCACCAUGGAGUUCUCUGUGGAUACGGGAAUCCUGCGCAACAAGACCUUAGCCACCUCUGCGGAUAUCUAUCGGGAAUUCAAAGUAUUGGGCUCAAGAGGCACCAAUACCCAAGCCGGAGCCGAGUUCUUGGACCAGGAGACGGGUGUUCUUUUCUACGCCCUGCCGAAUCUCAACGAGGUGGCCUGCUGGCGUACUGCCACAGAUUUCAGCCACAACUCCCAGAGUCGCAUCUACAUGAGCAAUGAUAAGAUGAUAUUCCCCAGUGACAUCAAGGUGGACGACCAGAAACGUCUCUGGGUCCUCUCCAACAAGCUGCCAGUAUUUAUCUACGAUGAAUUGUUUUACGGAUCAAUUAAUUUCCGUAUUUUUAUGGCUAAUGUUAGCGAGGCUGUCAAAAACACAGCCUGUGAAAUCCGCACUUCUCCACUACCAGAUGUGAUUAACAAAUUCGCGGAUAUUCUCAACACCAAUAUCAAUUCAAAGACACAUUCCGGAGCAUCUUUGAUGUUUGCGAGCUCCCUGAUCACUAUUUUAGGUGUUCUGAUGAGCAUUAGGCUUUAAAAUCUUACAUCUAAACACACUUGAAAUAAAUAUAUUCGUUGCUUGAGGACUUAAAAAUCAAUCCCAUGAAUACUUUGCCAGAUAAAAUGAUUUUUGAAAACAUACGAAAUAUUUAUUUGAGUGCAUCUUGUGUAUUAUAAUUAAUUUUUUUAGAUCUAAGCAAAAAACUGUAACUUUGUAAUGUUGAUUAAAUGUAAGAAGUGUA